AUGGCCGUGACUGAGGGUGGAAAGCGUCCAGAGUUUCAUAAUCAACUUUUUGAUGGUUCCAAACUGGAUGCGCCUCUACCUGCGCUGCUGUGUGCCAUCUGUCUCCUCGUCCUGCCGUCGCCCUCUGCUUCCCACCAAGAGUCAGUUUGCCUUUCCUCAGAUGAUUCGAAGCUCCUCCAGGUAACCAUCCCCACCGCCCCGCCUGUGUUCGCCGUGCUGGGCGGCUCUCUGACUCUCCCCUGCCUGGUGUCUUUGACCCACCCGCCGCCGUCCCCCUCCACCAACGGCCGCCACGCCGUGCUGUCCGUCCCGCGGGUCAAGUGGAGCGUUCUGACCCACGGCCGAGAGACGGAGGUCCUGGUGGCCCGAGGCGACCGGGUGAGGGUCAGCGAGGCCUACAAGGACCGAGCCUCGCUGCUCAAUUACGCCUACUCGCCCGCCGACCUCACGCUGCGCCUGGAGAGCCUGAGGCACAAUGACACGGGCUUCUACCGCUGCGAGGUGCAGCAGGGCCUGGAGGACGCUGACGACGUGGUUCAGGUCAAGGUGAAAGGAGUGGUGUUCCAUUAUCGGGACGCAUCCAGCCGGUACGCCUUCGCUUUUGAGCAGGCCAGAGAGGCCUGUGAGGACAUCGGGGCUGAAAUUGCCACCCCAGAGCAGCUCCUCGCAGCCUACAACAGUGGAUAUGAGCAGUGUGAUGCCGGCUGGCUCUCAGACCACUCAGUCAGAUAUCCCAUCCAAAUGCCAAGAGAGGGCUGUUUUGGAGACAUGGAUGGAAUGCCAGGAGUGAGGAAUUAUGGACUGUUGGAGCCUGAUGAGUUGUAUGACGUCUACUGUUAUGUAGAGAAUAUUCAGGGUGAGGUGUUCCAUGGCUCCACCCCCCAGCGUUUCACCUUCUGGGAGGCCAAGGCCUACUGUCUGAGUCACGGGGCAGAGCUGGCCACCACAGCUCAGCUGUACGCAGCCUGGAACGAUGGACUGAACCACUGCAGCCCCGGAUGGCUGGCAGACGGGAGCGUGCGGUACCCCAUCGUCACCCCCAGAGAGCGCUGUGGAGGCGGAGAACCCGGGGUCAGGACCGUCUACCGAUACAGCAACCAGACAGGCUUCCCUGAGACGACUUCUCGACAUGACGCCUACUGCUUCAGAAGUGAUAAUGGCCUUUACACGGAAUCGCCGCAGGAUUUUCUUGCCACUGAGCCAGAGGACAUUGGCCAAGACAUUGUUUUCUUUACAAAUCCUGCUCAGGAGGAGGUCAGCCUGAGUGUGGUGACGCCCUCAGGAGUUGAAGAGGUGCAACGUGCCCAGAUGACAAAUCCGGUAAAGCAGGACCCUGUUGAGACUCACUCCUCAACAUUAGGUUAUGACAAGGAACCGCUCCUCACCGUAGACCCUCCUCAGUCCGUGACUCCGCUGUCUGAGCAUCAGGAGCACCUGCCCACCAAAGACACCUGGACACCCAUAGAGAAAGUCAUCUACCCUGAGUCCUUUCAGCCAGCAGCUGAAGAAAACCCAAACACAGACGAUGAAGAGUCUCAUAUACAUCCAGCAACUUCCCCAGCAGCAGAUGGUGAAGUCACUGUUGAUGAAGAUUCCACGACAACCUCAACUGAUGCAACAACUUUAGUGGAUGAAGACGCCGUAGAGCAGGAGCAGCACAUGUUUGACACUGAAAGCCCGGAUACUCUGGACGUUAAUGCAACAUCUGGAGCUGAUGUUUAUGAGCAGCUCAACAGCUCUUCAGAGGCGCAUCAGGAGGGUGAUCUCCCUGUUUCACAAGAGGACCACACUCCAGAUGUCCACUUGGAACACGCCUCUGGAACAGAGCUGGUCUACUCGAGCACCUCUUACGAUGUUUCAGGACAGCCAGAGGAAGCCAGCACUGCUACUGCUGAGGAGAUAUCAAUGGUGACAUCUUCGCCCCACACCGAGGAAACAGAUGUCCACUCCACCACCCUGUUGCCCUCUUUUGAUAACAGUACACCUGAGCACCAUCCAACUGAAGAAGGGUCUGAAGGGGAGAGUGCAAACCUCCCUCCAGAUGAAGAAAUGCAGAACUCUGUGACGCAUGGUUUGGUUGGUAUGAACAUUGCUGCCACCUCUGAAGUGGCCCCCACGUCUGAUUCAAGUUAUGAUCCCACUGAAGACCAUUCAGGUGUAACAAUAGAGUCGUCCAUCCCGGUGGACCAGGGUGACGAGGAUUUCAACAGCACCUCAGAGGAGGCAGCACCAGAUGAUCCAACAGAGCAGAGUGGACACACUGAUCCAGCAGAAAUCCCAACAGUAGAGGCCAUCACGGUCACAGACGACUCGGGCUCCAGUGUAGAUACUCCGCUCCUUAAAAGCGAUCCAGUCACUUUGUUGCCGUCCCCAUCCCCAGACUCUGUGACGCUGUCUCCUCCUUCUGUGGAGGUUGAGGCCAGCUCCCCAGAGAUCAUAACUUUCAUACCUGAAAGUAAUGUUUCAUCCGGGUCUGAACCUGUGGAGGACAUUCAGGAUAAACUUGAACAAGAGGGAUUAGGAGAAAGCCGAAUAGUCUUCCUCGGCACAACCCAAAAUAUCACAGACAGCGACCCAGAGGGGAAGGAGGAAGACACCGGGGAGGAAUCGGGUGAAUCAUCGGGAGAAAACCCGCACAUGAAUCCACAACUCCUUUUGACGAACCUGACUCCGUCAGCGGACCACACUGCUGAGGGGACUGAUGGCGAGGUUGGCACUGAUGCACCUCCUCCAUCAGAGAUAAAAAUCACACUGAUCCCUCAUCUGACCCUCUCACCUGGUUGGGAGCCAGAGCCUUCCUCCGCCACGCCGCAGGAGUCUCGAUCCGACCGGGAGUACAGCGCUGAGCCGCCGGCCGCUGAGGAGUCUGAUGACAUCUCUCGGGAGCAAGAUGUCAUGGCGGAGAUCACGACCGGCAGCAUUAAUGCUGAGCAUGGAUCAGAUGGAGGCGAGGUGGAGACCGGCACAGACGAACCCUUAAUCAAAAUAUGCACAUGGCGUCCUGAGGAGGACGAGGAGAUGUCCAGUCUCACCACCGACAGCAGCGACGUGACCAUCAUCGCUCCCACCGUUCACCCCGAGAACUCCCGGGAAGAGGCCGAGGAGCAGACUGCCUCCCUGCCUGCUGUCAGAGUUCCUGCUGUGAGACAAGGAGGCCUUCCAGACUCCUGCCUGGAGAACCCGUGUUUGAACGGAGGCACUUGUGUUGAGGGCGAAUCAAUCAGAUGCCUCUGUUUGCCCGGUUAUGGAGGAGACUUGUGCCACACAGACUUGGAGGUGUGCGAGCCGGGCUGGGAGAAGUUUCAGGGCUUCUGUUAUCGCCACUUUAGCAAACGGCAGAGCUGGGAGGCGGCCGAGCAGCACUGUCGGAUGUGUGGCGGACAUCUACUCUCCGUCAUGACCCCCGAGGAGCAGGACUACAUCAAUGACAAAUACAGAGAAUAUCAGUGGAUUGGACUCAAUGACAGAACCAUUGAAGGAGACUUCCGCUGGUCAGAUGGGAGCCCUCUGCUCUACGAGAACUGGUACAAAGGCCAGCCCGACAGCUACUUCCUGUCCGGCGAGGACUGCGCGGUGAUGGUUUGGCACGACGGCGGCCGCUGGAGCGACGUGCCGUGCAACUACCACCUGUCGUACACCUGCAAGAAGGGCGUCUCCUCCUGUGGCGAGCCGCCCCAGGUUCCCUUUGCUAAGGUGUUCGGGAAGAAGCGGUCGCGUUACGAGACCAACACCAAGGUGCGGUACUACUGUGAAGAGGGGUUCAUGCAGAAACUGAAUCCUGUAAUCAAAUGCCUCCCCGGCGGCCAAUGGGAGGAGCCUCUGAUUACCUGCAUGCCAACCCGUUCAGUAGAAGAGGACUUGGUUACCUCACAUCCUGACCAGCAUGACGAGGUCAUGGAGCUCCAGCGUGCAGCCACAGAGAAAGCUACUCCGCUGUUCUGGGACAUUAAGUGGAAUGAUUAA